ACCUUUGGUGUUGAGUGAGAUGGAAAUCAUAUGAAACAGACUAUUUGGGUGGUACCUUCAGGAAAGAUCUUAAAUUGCAGAAGACAAAAACGCUAAUGCAUUUGAGAAAACGAUAAAGUUGGAGGGAGGAAAAAAGCAACUGAUUUCCUGACCUGCAGCUUGGCUGGAUAUUAAGAUGUCCGUGGACAUGAACAGCCAGGGGUCUGACAGCAAUGAAGAGGACUAUGACCCAAACUGUGAGGAAGAGGAAGAAGAGGAAGAGGACCCUGGGGACAUAGAGGACUACUAUGUGGGAGUAGCCAGUGAUGUGGAGCAGCAGGGGGCUGAUGCUUUUGAUCCUGAAGAGUACCAGUUCACUUGCUUGACCUAUAAGGAGUCUGAGGGUACCCUCCAUGAGCAUAUGACCAGCUUAGCCUCUGCCUUAAAGGCCGUUGAUGCUCACUGCCAUCGGCUGCACCCUCCCUAUGGCACUGGCCAGAAGAGGGCAGCAGAUCUCAUUACAGAUGGGUGUAAGCCACCAUGUGGAUGCUGGGAAUUGAACUCAAGACCUCUGGAAGAGCAGCCAGUGCUCCUAACCUCUGAGCCAUCUCUCCAGCCCUCAAGGUUAUCUUUAACUACAGAUAAAACAGAAGUCAAGGUAUCUCAUUCAGUUGCAAAACUUAUACUAGUUAAUUUCCACUGGCAAGUCUCAGAGAUUCUGGACAGGUACAGGUCUAAUUCUGCUCAGCUGCUUGUGGAGGCUCGAGUUCAGCCUAAUCCGUCAAAGCAUGUCCCCACAGCCCAUCCCCCUCACCACUGUGCAGUGUGUAUGCAGUUUGUGCGGAAGGAAAACCUACUCUCUCUGGCCUGCCAACAUCAGUUUUGCCGAAGCUGCUGGGAGCAGCAUUGCUCAGUACUUGUCAAAGACGGUGUUGGUGUAGGAGUCUCAUGUAUGGCUCAGGAUUGUCCACUCCGAACACCAGAGGACUUUGUAUUUCCCUUGCUUCCCAAUGAAGAAUUGAGAGAUAAAUACAGACGCUACCUCUUUAGGGACUAUGUGGAGAGUCAUUACCAGCUCCAGCUGUGCCCUGGUGCAGACUGCCCCAUGGUUAUUCGGGUACAAGAGCCUAGAGCUCGCCGAGUGCAGUGCAAUCGAUGCAAUGAGGUCUUCUGUUUCAAGUGUCGACAGAUGUAUCACGCCCCCACAGACUGUGCCACAAUCCGGAAAUGGCUCACGAAGUGUGCAGACGACUCUGAAACAGCUAACUACAUUAGUGCUCACACUAAAGAUUGUCCCAAGUGCAACAUCUGUAUUGAGAAGAACGGAGGCUGCAACCAUAUGCAAUGCUCCAAGUGUAAGCACGACUUCUGCUGGAUGUGUCUAGGAGAUUGGAAGACACAUGGCAGUGAGUACUAUGAGUGUAGUCGGUACAAGGAGAAUCCCGACAUUGUCAACCAGAGCCAGCAAGCCCAGGCCAGGGAGGCCCUCAAGAAGUACUUGUUCUACUUUGAGAGGUGGGAAAACCACAACAAAAGUUUACAGCUAGAGGCACAAACUUACCAGCGGAUUCAUGAAAAGAUUCAAGAGAGGGUUAUGAACAAUUUGGGAACGUGGAUUGACUGGCAGUAUCUGCAGAAUGCUGCUAAACUCUUGGCCAAGUGUCGAUACACCCUGCAAUACACCUAUCCCUAUGCGUACUACAUGGAGUCUGGUCCCAGGAAGAAGCUGUUUGAAUACCAGCAGGCUCAGCUGGAGGCUGAGAUUGAAAACCUUUCGUGGAAAGUUGAGCGUGCAGACAGCUAUGAUAGAGGGGACUUGGAAAACCAAAUGCACAUUGCCGAGCAGCGGAGAAGAACCCUGCUGAAGGACUUUCACGACACCUAGGCAGGCUGUGGAUGUGCCGGGGUGAGGAAGACGUAGCUGUGAGGCCUUCCGGCUACCACACUGCAUGCUGCAGGCUCUGCCUUUCACGACCCCAGGCAACAGCCAGGCCCACUCCUGAGAGACACUGGCAACACACCUCUUAGUCAAUUUGUUUUCUCCUUAUCUUUUUGCUUUUUGUUUCUACCAGGGUAGAGGCCAUGUUGAACUGGCCUCUAGUAAGGACUUUUAAAUUCUCCCUGGAUGGUUGUUGGGAGGGAGGGAACUUUUUUUUUUCCUGAAUGGCUAUUAAUAGUAUUAGAUCAUUACAACUUAUGUAAUUUUCAAAGGUUGUACGAUUUGAAAGAAAGGCAAACCAUAGGAUAACACAGAGCCCUUUUGAAAAUAAAUUGGCAUUGGAGUGUUUA